AUGUCGAUGGAAAUCGACUUCAAUCCAAACAUACACCUGCAAGCAACCUUUUAUCAGGUUCCAGGUUAUGAGUCUGAGUUGCACGCUUUAACUUCGCCCACGCCGCCGUUUCCUGGGCAGGAUGCUUUAUCCGACAGCAGCGACCCUUUCAAACGAGAAAAACUCCUACAGUCGGAAGCGUACUACGAGCGACCGCCUGUGGUCCUCGUCCAUGGAAUGGUGGUCGCCAGCAGGUACCUCCAGGCUCCAUCAUCUUGGAAGACAUCUUGCGCCAUGGUUUCGCGUCAUGAUACCCGACUUGCCUGGCUAGCGCAGGGAUUGCAUGACUGGAUGGACACUGCAGGCAUACGAAAGGCACAUUUUGUCUCCAAUUCGUUGGGCUGCCAGAUCCUCGCCGACUUCACUUCUCGCUGGCCAGAGAGGGUCGAUCGGCUUGUGCUGCAGGGUCUGCCUAUGGACAAAACCCGCCGAACCAUGCUCAGGACUUUGCUUGCGCUCGCCGCGGAUAGUAGGAACGAACCGCUUUCAAUGACUGCGAUUAUGCUUCAAGAUUAUUGGCAGGCUGGAAUGCGAAGGGCAUUUGCGCUAUUCAAGGAGACAACUGAGUACCGCAGCUUGGAUGUACUACAACAUCUAAAAAGCCCGACCCUGCUGUUGAGUUGUGAACUGGAUCCUGUCGCUCCGUGCAGCUGGGUAGCCGAAGUGGCAGAGAAAAUGCCCAAUGCGGUGCACUAUGUCCUAAGGGAAGCUGGCCACACGGCAAAUUACUCGGCAACCGAGAGCAUGUCCAGAAUCGUGCUGCGCCAUCUGCUGAUUCAGGACGAUAACAGCUUCAAACACGCGGGGGAGGACAUCUUGAGGCAGGUGGAGGAAGUGAAGAAGACAAGGGAAGCAGCGGCAAAGCAAAAAUCCCUGUUGCUUUGGGGGCAACUGGUGCUGGCACUCUCAGCCUUUCUGACUAUGCGGCAGGGGUUUCUGGACGGAUGGCUGCUCGUCAUGGGACUUACCUUGGUAGAGUCAAUAGCGCUCUACAGAUACCAAGGGAUACUCUCCAUGGAUGGUUCGGACCAUAUGGACCGCGUAUACGUCAAGCUGCAGGGGAUCGCUGACUUCGUCUCGGCGUCAUCUAUGCUUCGUGCAAUUGGGCGGCACUUGAACUUCAGAGACUUUCCGCAAUUAGGAGUCCCGACGCCCUUGGCCGCAGUCAUGCCUCUCAUCAACUGGCUACCACCUUAUUUACGUGGCACGGUGUACGCCGCUGUCGGUGCUAGUGAGGCCACGGAUGACAUAGGAUCAACAUUCGACGCAGAAAAAACAACCCAAUCAAUUGUUGCACACUUUCAGCCACAACGGAAGUACCCUGCCGUGGCUAUCGGAAGCACCAACGGCGCGUUGACGCAUACACUUCUCAUGCCCGUCAAGCGACCAAAAGAUGAGGCCAUGAAACGCGGGCAGUUGGACAUGACGGCGGAGAUGGAUUGGGGAAAGUCCGCAGGGCAGACUUUGCUAGAGACCAACCGGGACAUUGAAUUGUACCAUAUGGCGGACCCGAAUCAGGACCAGUUGAUUAUUCACCGCAUGGCCUACUUCAGAUUCAAAUUUUUAAAGUUGACCAAAGCUUAUAGGAGGUUUCUUUUGGAGUCGUUGGAGGCGAACGGGACCAUUAUACUCGUUCGCUGUGGAUUAAAAUGGCCGUCGACUAAAGUUGCUGAUCGCCAUUACUUCCAGAGCGGAACAGUUGGAGGAAUAGAGCCAAAAGAGUAUAUACAAGGCUCAACUGCAGAUGUUAGUCCCCUCGUUGCUGAUGCGUAUCGCCAGCGCCAGGGGCAACUGCGUCGCCCGGCUGUUUCAAUCCUGGUUGAAAGCUUCGUUCUCGUGGAGCUAUGGUUGUCAAUGAGGUACAAUCUGACGCCGUUUUGGACGGUAUUCCCUGUUAGGCCGUCACUAGAACGGCUGCAGAAAUAUCUGGAAAUGUGUCGCGGGAUGAAGAAGGGGUUUAAAGAUGGCUUCAUAUUCUUGUUUUGCUCUGGGUUGGAUUCGAUUGGGUUUGCGGGAAUCGAUGAAUGGAAGGGGCUACUGAAAAAUCACUUUGCGUCACAGGAUGCAGCAAAGGAGUCUGGGAGGCACGCAAAUCUGUUGCUGGGGACAGACGAGAAGUCGUUCCCGAAAGACUUUGGCUUUCCUCUAAGGUACCAAACUGAGUUGGCUCGAGCAGUUGCUCAAGAAGCACAGUAUGUGAUGCCUCCCAACUCAUCACUUGAGGAAUUUGAGCAUUACAUGACGCAAAAUGCUAGCCGCUACGGCGUGUAUUAUUCGGCCUAG